CAACCGCCCGCCACCGGCCCCACACAGGCCGCUGGGCCAGGCAGGUCCUGGCCAUCUGACCCCCGUCUCCCGUCUCAGGUGAAGGAGAAGAGGGGCUGGACCCUGAACAGCGUUGGCUACCUUCUGGGUCCAAAAGCUGUUGACAAUCUCCGGUCAUUCCAUGACAAGCACGGCCUUGCUGGCAAGCGGGUCCUGCAGCCUGAAGACGGCGCGAGGGCAGGCGACUCUGACCGGCCGCUGCCCAUGAACGAUGAUGUUGUGCCCAAGAUAAUGGAGUUUCUGACUUUCUUGCAUCUCAAAGAGGCCGGGGCCCUGGUGCCCAUGCUCCCCUCGGCGGCGUCCUGGGAAGACACAGAGCAGUCAGCCCUGAGGGAGCCGGGCAAGGCCCUCCCGUCCCAGGAAGUCAGAUUCUGAGACGAUGGGUCAGCUUGUGCCAACUCCCCGAGUCAGCCAGCCCCUCCUCUCCUUUGAAGCUGUGUUGUUAUCAUUUAAGAUUUCCCCUUUGGUAAUUAUUCUCGUGGCAAAAUAAAAACCAGCAAGUGUUU